AUGGCCCGGAUACCUAGGGCAAGCCGCGGCGCAGCACCGGUACUGCUGCUGCUGCUCGCGGCUCUUGUGAGCGUGAUGCUUCUGCCGCUCGCCCACGCCGCGCCCGAAGUUACGAUUACUCGCUUCAAGCAGUACCCAAAGAAACUCUUCUACUUCGACGACUCGGAGGUCGUCUUGAUGCACGAGUCGGACAGUUCAUUGCAAAGGUCCACGAACGAGGGCAAGACAUGGUCGCAGGUCGAGCAGGUCACGGAAGUGUUCAAGGUCUUCGAGCACCCAUUCAGUAAGGAGAUUGCGUUUGUGAUUGGCAAACACAAGAAGCACUGGGUUACGCACAACCGCGGCGAGUCGUGGCUGUCAUUCGAGACUGGGCGCGAAGCGACGCGCUCGUCUUCGCCACUCUCGUUUCAUGCUACGCAACCAGACUGGAUCUUGUUCCAGGGCACCGCGUGCGAGAAGGGUGGCGGCAUCAAGUGGCCAUGGGGCAGCUCGCAGACGUGCUGGGACGAGACAUUCUACACCAAGGAUGCGUUCCGCACCGAGGCGCGCAAGAUGCUAGCGCUCACCUCCGAGUGUAAGUUUGCCCGUACGAAGAAGGAGGUGGAGGCACCCGAGAGCCUCAUCUUCUGCGUCGCAUUCUCGGCCAAGGCCGAGGACGGACAGCAGAAGUACGAGGAUGCGCGACUGUUCCAGUCGCAGGACUGGUUCGAGAGCAAGGAGUACGUCGAUCUCGGCAUCGGAAAGCAGGCACGCGGCGUCGUCGGCAUGGGUAUCGUGAGCAAGUUCAUGGUCGUGGCGGUCAAGUCGCCCGGCGAGGGCAAGGACGGAAAUGCCAACCCGAUGCAGCUCUACGUCAGCACCGACGGCAAGGCGUGGAACCAGGCUCAAUUCCCUCACUCAGUCCUUCCCGACCUCGUCGAGAACGCGUACACGAUCGUUGAGUCGACGACGCACUCGCUCGCCAUUGAUGUGCUUUCGAGCAACAAGGGCAUCGGCAACCUCUUCGUGUCGUCCAGUCACGGCACCCAGUUUGUCCAGUCGCUUAUGGAUACGAACCGCAACGAGCGUGGUAUCGUCGACUAUGAGCAGAUCUACGGCCUUGAAGGCGUCGGUAUCGCCAACGCCGUCGUUAACAGGGAGGAGGUCAUCGGGGGCGCCGUCAAGGAGCUCUUCAGCUGGAUCUCUUACGACGACGGGUCGUCGUGGACGAACAUCAAACCACCUGCGAAGAAGCUCGACGGGUCGAACUGGGACUGCAAUCUUGACGACCCUGCAAGCUGCUCUCUCCACCUUCACUCGGUGUCUGACCGCAAGAACCUCGGGGACGUGUUCUCGUCGACAGCGCCAGGCUACGUCAUGGGCGUUGGGUCCGUCGGUUCCCAUCUGCUUCCCUACGACCAGUGCGAAACGUUCCUCUCCACGGACGCCGGCCUGAACUGGCGCAUGGUUCACGACGGUGCGCACUUGUACGAAUUUGGUGACCAGGGAAGUGUGCUUGUCAUGGUCGACGAUGAGCAGGCGACCGAUCACGUCGACUACACGUUCGACGGCGGGCAGACCUGGAAGGAGCUCGACCUCGGAAUCAAGGUCCGCGCUCUCGUCCUCACAACCAUCCCCGACUCAACAUCCCAAAAGUUCCUCCUCCUCGGCCAGGCGAUGCGCGGCGAUGCGACCGGCGGCCGAUUCGUGACCAUUUUCCUCGACUUUGCCGGCACCCAGCCGCGGCAAUGCGGGAACGGCGACACAGAGAUCUGGUACGCGCGCAGCACAUCUGAGAGCGAGUGCCUCAUGGGCCAUAAGCAGUGGUAUGCACGUCGCAAGCUCGACGCCAAGUGCUACAUGGGCAAUAAGUUUGAGGACCCUGUCGGCCACGAGGAGAACUGCAAGUGCACGAAAGCCGACUAUGAGUGCGACUUCAACUACGUCCUCCAGGACGGCAAGUGCGUCGCAGCUGGCCCCGAGACGGUCCCGCCCGGCGCGUGUAAAAACCCCGGGGAGAAGUACAUGGGUUCCUCUGGCUACCGCAAGAUUCCGGGCAACACGUGCGAAGGGGGCGUUAAGCUCGACGACAAGGUCCAGAAGGACUGCACCGGCACGCGCAAGCCUGAGGACAACGGCAAGGUGUCGUCCGUCGUCCAUUCGUUCGAAGCCAAGGUUCUGCGCCACAACUACUUCGCCAACUCGCUGACCAUCCUGUUGCACAUGUCAGAUGGCUCGGCAUGGCAGUCGAGCAACGAGGGUUACUCUUGGACGCAGCUGGAGAAGGACACCAAGUUCCUCUCCAUCAUCAUGCACCCCUUCGACGACCAGCGGGCAUACCUUCUGACGGAGGGCAAGAACAUUUGGUACACGACCGACCGCGGCGGGUCGUGGAACACGUUUACCGUACCCGAAGACCCCAACAACCUCGGCAUCCCGGUCUUCGACUUUCAUCCCGAGAAGUCGGACCGGCUCAUCUUCACCGGCUCUGUUGACUGCCAAUCCGAGGUUUCGAGCAGCUGUCGCGCCAAGGCGUUCUACACAGAGGAUCAUGGUCGCCGGUGGAAGGAGAUUGAGUCGUACAUCAAAAGCUGCCAGUGGGCCCGUGACACCCAGCUCAAGGUCGAUGACCGCAUGAUCAUCUGCGAGUCGUAUAAGGACAAAAAGGGCUCGCAGCGGCGCCCCGAGAACAACCAGAUGCAGCUCAUUGCGGGCGGCAACUAUUACCGCAACAAGGACGUGCUCUUCGACUCAGUGGUCGGUUGGACGACUUUCUCAGAGUUCCUCUUCGUCGCUGAGCUCAAGGACCGUAUGAGCCUCACGCUUCAAGUGUCGCUCGACAGCAAGCAGUGGGCUGAGGCGCAGUUCCCGCCGGGACUGCGCGUCGAAAAUCACGCGUACACAAUCCUCGAGUCGAACACUCACGCAGUGUUCCUGCACAUGACGAUGAACGCUAAACAGGGCAGCGAGUGGGGCAGCAUCUACAAGUCAAACUCGAACGGGACAUACUAUUCCCUGUCGGUCGAGCACGUCAACCGCAACUCCAAGGGCUACGUCGACUUUGAGAAGAUGAUUGGGCUCGACGGCAUUGCGAUGGUCAACAUCGUGGCCAAUCCUGAUCACGCCGACAUCGCUGGCAAGAAGAAACUGCAGUCGCGCAUCACGCACAAUGACGGCGGCCGCUGGACGCCGCUCACGCCGCCGGCCAAGGACUCACUUGGCCAAGCGUACAAAUGCGACACGACGGCGUGCGGAUUACACGUUCACGGCUAUACUGCGCGUCGCGACCCGAAGGCGACGUACAGCUCGCCGUCGGCGGUCGGGUUCAUGCUUGCCGUUGGCAAUGUCGGCGAAGAGCUCGCGGCGUACGAGGACAGCGACAUCUUCCUGACUCGUGACGGCGGCUCCACCUGGCAGGAGGUGCACAAGGACGCACACAUGUGGGAGUACGGCGACUCAGGGUCCAUUCUUGUUCUCGUCAACGACGAGGGCCCGACCGACCACAUUCUCUUCUCCAUCGACCAGGGCCUCAGCUGGAACACGUACACGUUUGGCGAGCGGUUGCGCGUGCAGACGAUCCAGACUGUCCCGCAGGACACGUCGCGACGGUUCUUCCUCAUCGGCCAGCGUCCGAGCGACAAGGACCGCUCGGUGCUCAUCCACCUCGACUUCUCUCACGUGUUCACGCGCAGGUGUGACUACGACGCGCAGAACCCGAACAACGACGACUACGAGCUGUGGUCACCCGCCGAGAACCGGAAGGAGGAGUGCCUCUUCGGCCGGCGGAUGUUCUACCACCGCCGCAUUCGCGACCGGGAAUGCUACGUGGGCGAGAAGAUUGAGCAGCUGCACAGCAUCGAGAGGGGCUGCACGUGUACCGCGGCAGACUUUGAGUGCGAGUUCAACUACUACCGCGACUCGAGCGGCAAGUGUGUGCUCGUCGACGGCGCGAGCCCUCUGGAUAAGAGCACUGAGGCGGAGACGUGUAUCGGCUUUAACUCGACAUGGUACGAGCGCACGGCGUACCGCAAGAUCCCGUACUCGUCGUGCAUUGAUGGCGAGACGCUGGAUCGUGGACUUCCGCACGCGUGUCCGGGUCUGGUCGGCGCUCGGCUCGGCGGGCUGUUCUGGGCGAGCAUCGUGCUGCUUCCCUUCGCGUGUGCCGCACUCGGCGGGUACUGGUGGUACGCCAAGGCUGGGGGCCGGCCAGGUGCGAUCCGGUUGGGCGAGCACCGCGCGUACGGUGGGGACCGCUCGUCUGGCCUCAGCACUGCGGUCAACGUGUUGGCGUCAGUGCCAUACUUCCUCCUCGGCCUAAUAAGUGCCGGAUGGAGUGCGCUUGAGCGCCACGUCCCCGCCUUGGACCGCUUCAGCCUGCAGAGGCGGCGCGCACCCUACCGCGCCGUCCCGAUCGACGACGACGCCGAGCUCCUAGGGGAGUACGAGGACGACUAG